UUCAAGUUCAAGUGCAGCUUGGAAGUAGUUCUUAUCAGCAGACAGCUUUGCAUUAGCUUCCGGAUUUGCGUAGCUCAUAAAAUAUGCAUUUCGCUGUGAUUUCAGUUUAAUUUUGAUUGCAAUGUGCACGGUUCAGGGAAUAAGUCUCAAAAUGGAAAACUAUUUCGUUUUAGUGCUGAUUGUGUUGGCUGUACCCUGGUCCUUUCAGGCCAUUCCCAAGAUAAAGCCAACCAAGGAUGUCAAUAAGGACUUGAAAAACAAAACAGAUGUAGUACCCGCAAGUAGCCUGCCCAUUGCCAAUGUAACAGCUGUGGCCGAGAAGUUGGCAGAAGUCCACAUUGAUCAGCACAAAACCAUUCGCAUUAGUAAAGGAGAUCUGGAUGAUCUGUUGGAUGUUUAUAUGGGUAAAAUAGCAGAAAGUGCAGCCACCAUCAAGGACAAGGAAAAUGAAAUAAACAAACUGCAAACCAAGGAACACACUGACGACGAUCUACUGAAGAGAUUUGAGAACCUCACCGAGAAUUGCAAUGCUCAGAAUGCUAUCUAUACAGCAAAGCUGAAGGAAAAGGAGGAUAAAAUCAAGGAGCUCGAGCAGAAGGUAAAGGUCUACGAAACCAGAUUGAAGAGGAAACAGCUGGUGUUGACAGAGUUGAGAAAACAUAACACCUCCAGUGCGGCAUUGAUCGAUCAUCUGAAGGCCAAAGUCGUGUACUUUGAAGGUAAAUUCAGGGAGAAGAAGGAUGACCUGUUGGCAGACUGGGAGGCAGCCACCACCAGCUGCAUGCCCUUUGGCGUGUCGCCUGGAAUUCAUUUGAUACAUCUGCCCGGGUUUCUGCCCUUUCUGGUGCCCUGCGAGGGUCUCCCAUCGGUAGGUCCUGGCUGGAUGGCUAUUCAGCGCCGAUUGGAUGGCUCUGUGAACUUCUAUCGCAACUGGGAUCAGUAUAAGAAGGGGUUUGGCAAGCUUAACGGGGAGUUCUUCAUUGGCCUCGAAAAACUGCACCGCAUGACCAACUCCCAGCCCCAUGAGCUGUACAUAAGCUUCAGGAGAUUCAAUGGGGAGACGAGCUAUGCUCACUACGAUGACUUUGUAAUCGGCAGUGAGGAGGAAGGCUACGAAUUGAAAUUACUCGGCCAUUAUCAAGGCAACUCCAGCGAUGCGUUGCGCACCCAUGACAAGAUGAAAUUCUCAACUUUCGAUAGGGAUAACGACGAAUUUACGCAUAUGAAUUGCGCCGAAUAUCACCACGGUGCCUGGUGGUACGACUUUUGUUCGCGAAGCAAUUUGAAUGGCAAAUACUUCAAAGCUGAGGUGGACAAUGUCCAGGGCAUUUUCUGGGAGCCCUGGUAUAGUUUCAGAUCUCUGAAAUCCGUACAGAUGCUAAUCCGCCCAAAGAGCCAAAUGGAGCUGAAAGAUUUGCCGAGCACAAAGCGAACCUCUAGAAAUUCCUUAAAAUGAAUCUCUCCAUCGGCUCAACACACAAAUUCUCAUUAUUUGUAAUAAUUUAAUUUAAUUUUUUUCUAGCAGCCUAAACAGAAACAGUGAAACGAGAUAAAUCUCACUCCGAAGC